AUGCCGGGCUUCGACUUCUCCAACUACAACCGCAAUGCGGCGCUUCACGCCAGGGGCGUUCCCCUCCCCAAGGCUACAAGCACUGGUACAACAAUUGUGGGAUGUGUCUAUGAUAAGGGUGUUGUGAUUGCAGCAGACACCCGAGCUACCAGUGGUCCCAUUGUAGCAGACAAGAACUGUGAGAAACUACACUACAUCGCGCCCAAGAUCUGGUGUGCCGGCGCCGGUACCGCGGCCGACACCGAAUUCACCACCGCCCUCAUCAGCUCCAAUGUCGAACUGCACUCUCUAUCAACAGGCCGCGAUCCCCGCGUUAUCACCUGCAUGACGAUGCUGAAGCAGCACCUGUUCCGGUACCAGGGCCACAUCGGAGCGUACCUGGUGGUUGCGGGCGUUGACCCGACCGGCACGGGUCUGUACACUGUGCACGCACACGGUUCGACAGACAAGCUGCCGUACGUGACGAUGGGAUCCGGAUCGCUGGCGGCGAUGUCGGUGUUCGAGUCGAUGUGGCAACCCAACCUGGACCGCCAGGGCGCUAUCGACAUCUGUGCCGAGGCGAUCAAGGCUGGUAUCUUCAACGAUCUGGGAUCUGGUAGCAAUGUCGACGUGUGUGUUAUCGAGCAGGACAAGCCUACGCAGUUGCUCCGUAACUACAUGAAGCCCAACGAGCGUGGAGAGAAGGAGCGCAACUACCGCUUCCUCGUGGUACGACUGCUUGGUUGA